ACAGAUAUAGCUUUCUCUAGUUUCUGUGUGUGUGUAAAUAUUAUAUAGAUUUAGCUCACAUCAGGGACAGUAUUCUGUACUCAUCAAUGUGUGUAGUAAGCUUUUUGUAUCUAUCCCCACUUGCAAUAAAAGAUAAGAAGAAGAAGAAGCAGCAGCAGCAGCAGCAGAAGAGAAGCAGAGAGAGGGGUAUUAUUUAGCAGCGGUCGGUGUGUGUGUUUCUUCCUUACCUACAGAAAUUAGGGUUUUCUAUUUGCCCCCAAAUUUGGGAAUUGGAAGCGUCGAAUUGUAGUGGUGAAUUUGACUCAACCGUGUGUUGAAAUCCCACCAUCAAUUAUUUGUCCCCUGCGCUAUUAUUUCCUUUUUGCUGUCAACGUCUCAGUGUGGGCUCGCGGCGUUAUCUUCAUCCGAUUGAGGUAUUUUAUCCUGUACCUGUCGGUUUCCUUGUUCUCGAGACCAGACGAACGGACGGACGGGUUAGGAUUGGCGGUGCUUCGGUUUUGUGAUCUGAAAUCAGCUCUAUCUCCUUCUGCUUCGAUUUUCAAGUCAAAUCGCGAGGGUUCUAGGUAGGUUAAGCUUUCCUGCUUUUUGUGGUUUUUUGGGGAAAAUAUUUGUGAAGAGGAGGAAGUUCGUAAAUCGCGUGGGUUCCGGCGAUUGUUCGAUUCGUUUUUCUAGGGUUCUUUUGGGGGGAGUUUUGUAGCGGUGGAAGAGAUUAGGGUUUGAGGUUGUUGAAUUUGGGGAUUUCGAAAUGGUGUCUAGAUCGUAUUCAAAUCUGCUGGAGCUAGCUUCCGGCGAAGCUCCGUCGCCGUCGUUUAGCCGGAUGAGCCGGCGGAUCCCGAGGAUUAUGACGGUCGCCGGCAUAAUGUCCGACAUAGACGACGAUACCUCGGAGAGCGUGGCUUCUGAUCCAUCCUCGUCGUCUCAGAAGGACAGGAUAAUCAUCGUGACAAACCAGCUUCCGAUAAGGGUUCACCGGAGAACAGACGGCAGCAGAGGCUGGACUUUCACCUGGGAGGAGAAUUCGCUCCCAAUCCAGCUGAAAGACGGGCUGGGAGACGAGGAUCUCGAGUUCAUCUAUGUCGGCUGUCUGAAGGACGACAUUCACCCGAACGACCAGGACGAGGUUUCCCAGAUACUCCUGGAGACAUUCAAGUGCGUCCCGACAUUUCUGCCUCCGGAUUUGUUCACGAGGUACUACCAUGGCUUCUGCAAGCAGCAGCUAUGGCCAUUGUUCCACUACAUGCUGCCGUUGUCGCCGGAUCUCGGCGGGAGGUUCAAUCGGUCGCUGUGGCAGGCCUACGUAUCAGUGAACAAGAUUUUCGCCGACAGGAUCAUGGAAGUGAUUAACCCCGAGGACGAUUUCGUGUGGAUCCAUGAUUACCAUUUAAUGGUGCUGCCCACCUUCUUGAGGAAGAGGUUUAACAGAGUAAAGCUCGGGUUCUUUCUGCACAGCCCAUUUCCGUCGUCUGAGAUUUACAAGACAUUGCCUAUUAGAGAAGAGCUUCUGCGGGCUCUGCUUAACGCCGAUUUGAUUGGAUUCCAUACCUUCGAUUAUGCGCGACAUUUCCUCUCCUGUUGCAGUCGAAUGCUGGGCGUGUCGUAUGAGUCGAAGAGGGGUUACAUAGGCCUCGAAUAUUACGGGCGCACGGUCAGCAUCAAAAUCCUCCCGGUCGGUAUUCAUAUGGGUCAGCUUCAAUCGGUUUUGCGCCUGCCCGAGACAGAGGCGAAGGUAUCAGAGCUCAUCAAGCAGUUUUCGGCGCAGGGGAAGACAAUGUUGCUCGGGGUAGACGACAUGGAUAUAUUUAAGGGCAUUAGUUUGAAGUUAUUAGCAAUGGAGCAACUUUUAAUGCAGCACCCGGAGAAGAAAGGGAAGGUUGUUUUAGUGCAGAUAGCGAAUCCGGCGAGGGGGAAGGGGAAAGAUGUGCAAGAAGUUAGGGAGGAGACGUACGCGACAGUGAAGCGGAUAAACGAGGCAUUUGGAGAGCCGGGCUACGAUCCCGUCAUCUUGAUUGAUCAGCCGCUGAAAUUUUACGAGCGAGUUGCUUAUUACGUUGUUGCUGAGUGUUGUUUGGUCACUGCUGUUAGGGAUGGGAUGAAUCUUAUACCGUAUGAGUACAUUAUUAGUCGGCAGGGCAACGAGACGUUGGAUAAAGUGUUGGGGUUGGAACUGUCGUCCCCAAAGAAGAGUAUGUUGGUUGUAUCGGAGUUUAUCGGGUGCUCGCCAUCUCUAAGUGGCGCCAUACGAGUUAAUCCGUGGAAUAUCGACGUAGUAGCGGAGGCUAUGGACUUGGCUCUUGUAAUGCCGGAGGCAGAGAAGCAAUUGAGGCAUGAAAAACACUACAAAUAUGUAAGCACACACGACGUUGGAUAUUGGGCUCGGAGUUUCUUACAUGAUCUGGAGAGAACUUGUAAGGACCACUCCCGACGGAGAUGUUGGGGUAUCGGGUUUGGCUUAAGCUUUCGAGUCGUCGCACUUGAUCCUAAUUUCAGAAAACUGGCAAUGGAGCAUAUAGUUUCGGCGUACAAAAGGACUACGACCCGGGCUAUUCUUCUCGACUAUGACGGGACUUUAAUGCCUCAGAAUUCCCUGGACAAGAAACCGAGCAUGAAAACCAUCGAUAUCCUUAACAAUCUAUGUCAAGACAAGAAUAACAUGGUUUUCAUCGUGAGCGCUAGAGGACGCGACAAGCUAGACGACUGGUUUUCAUCUUGCGAGAAUCUUGGAAUUGCGGCCGAGCACGGUUGCUUUGUGAGGAUGAAGGGAGACGAGGAGUGGGAAACACGCGUACCAGUAGCCGAAUGCAACUGGAAGCAAAUUGCCGAGCCGGUAAUGCAGCUGUACACAGAAACAACCGACGGAUCAGUGAUCGAAUUUAAGGAAACCGCAAUGGGUUGGUGCUAUGAGGAUGCUGAUCCCGACUUCGGAUCUUGUCAAGCUAAGGAGCUUCUCGAUCACUUGGAGAGUGUACUCGCAAAUGAACCUGUCACCGUGAAAAGUGGCCAGAAUUGUGUCGAAGUUAAGCCGCAGGGUGUAAGUAAGGGUCUUGUAGCCAAACACCUGCUGUCAUCAAUGCAAGAGAAAGGAAUGUCUCCGGAUUUCAUCCUCUGCAUCGGAGACGACAGAUCCGACGAAGAUAUGUUCGAGGUCAUCUCCAGCUCGAUGGCGGGUCCAUCCAUCCCGCCACAUGCCGAAGUAUUUGCUUGCACCGUCGGACGGAAACCCAGUAAGGCUAAAUACUAUCUUGACGACACUGUCGAAAUUGUUCGGCUGAUGCAGGGACUGGCCUCUGUCGCCGAGCAAAUGGCGCCUCGAUAGAGAAAACGAAAGAAUCAUUUCUCGUCUUUGAUGAUCAUAUGAUGAGACCGUAGAAAAUUGUAAAUGAUAGACCGAUCGAGGAAUGCUGUGGAUUGUCUGUUUUUCUGGUUUUUGUUGUUGGAGUAUUGUGGGAUGGUAUUGCAUGUUUGUUUUGUCUGUCCUUUGUAUAUAUAGUGUUUUCAUUAUCGGUUUAGUGUAUGUGUCUCUGCAUAUAUAGACACCCUUCUAGACUUCGGAGUCUAAA